CAGACAGCUCUCUGUGCACCCCGCAAACACACCGCACACAGGUGCAGUCCGGCGGAUCACUUGGAUUUUAAAACGCACAGAACCGGAGAGUUUUUUUGGGGACUUGGCUUUGUUUCAGAGUCUCGGUCAGCGACGAUGCUGGGCUCCGGUUCUCCGGCUUGACACCACAAAGUAACGCGGAACAAGAAAGUAGGAGGACUUUCCUGGAUGUUUGCGCUCUGGUGGUUCCCAUCUGAGGGACUGUCGCAACACGCUGCGGUAGGUGAACUAUUGGAAUCCUCCUGGACAUUUUUCCGUGUGUGUGAGCAGCGAACCCGGACCUUUCCGGCUUUUUUUUUUAAGGGUGCAAUUCCCCCGGUUACAGCUCAGAAUGUAUUCCCACUUCUUUCUCAGCUGGGGAUUGUAAAUGAAGUCAGUGACUGCUGAACCAACAGCGCUGCGGAUGCCUUUUUCGCCCUCCUCUCCAACCGUUUCCAUGAUUUGCGCAAGGAAAUCUAUUUUUUUGAAUUCCUAAUUGAAGAAUGACUAAUCACACAGACUAAUUGUAUCUCUCUUUCCUAUGUGCUUGUCUUUAUUUUCUCAAAUCGAGCCUUUUUGGGGGGCUGGAUUCCUGUGAUUCAAGCCAGAGCGCGCGUCAUCGCUCCACUGAUGUCCAUUGAUUUAUGAUUUUUGGGGACAUUCAUCGGGUUUUGCGCAAGGACUUUGGUCCGUUUCAGGAACACUGUGUUUAAUCUCUUUCCCCAGUUGUCCAAUUUGGAGCAGGAUACUUGGAACUUUCUUCUCCCAUGUGGGAAAAACGCUCUGUUUGGCCUGGAGAAGACGCGGUUUGGCCGUGCCUUUUUUUGUUUUUAGCUCUCCUGCUCGUUAAGACACAGCAAAGACUGUAGCUGGACAAUCACAUUUCUGAAGACCUCGACAGGCGUACACAGGCUCACAUAUACUCGUACAUAUACAUAUAUUGCAUUACGCAUUAUCCAACUUAAGAUCCUCGGAAGAACUGCAACAGCUCCGUGUGGAGGCUCACACCUGCAGAGGGUGAUUUAUCCACCACCGGCUACUGGGACAACUGGGAUUAAACAUCCUCCGGCUGGGAUUUCUACCAUGUCAGCUGCACGGGACUGCAGAUGGACUCUCCUCCUGUGUGUGGUGGCGCUUUCAUGUGCUCUUGCAGGUAAGAUCUCUCCCACCAGCUCAGACGCUCUGCUCAGCUUCUCACCAGUGACGGCCAACCCCUCGCCUCCCAAUGUGUACCUUCCCGCCAACUUCAAAAUGUCCAAUGCACAACUGGCCUUCUUCUUGCGGGAGGCUCAGAUCUCAGGACAAACAGUUGGUGGCGGCGGCGGUGGCGGCAGGAGCAGCCCGAGCACCGGACACCCGCUGCAGCGCUCGGAGAGCUUUGUGGUUUUCCAGACAAAAGACCUCCCUGCCAUCAACAUAACCUUUGGGCCUUUCGCCCGGGACCAGGCCCUGUCCAAGGAGUUGCUGCAGCCGGCGAGUCCGCUGGAUAUCCCAGGACAGCUGACAGUCAACUGGAAGGUGCGGGCAUUCAUCGUGCAGGCGAGGGUUUUCUCCAACAACCCCACGGUGCAGGUGUUCUUCUACAUCGCCGGGCGCGACUGGGACGACUUCAAGGCUCAGGACAAGCUCCCCUGCGUCCGUCUGCACGCCUUCCGGGAUGUCCGUGAGAUUAAAACAUCCUGUCGCAUGAAAGGCAACCUGGCGCAGUGUUUGGCCCAGCUGGAGCUACCUCCCUCCUGGUUUAACACCAACGUGGCCCCGCUGGGUCGGAGGAAAGGCUCGACUGACGGGCUCCUGGAUGGGCUGACCAGUGAGACCCUGCAGGCCGAGCUGUACUACACCCUGCACGGGCCCAAUGUGGAAGGGGAGUGCAGUGAGGGUUUAGGUCACAGGGGUGGUGGUGCUUCCAGGGGAGAACCUCUGUCACAGCACCCCCUGCUGCGCAUCGGGAGCAUCAGCCUCUACCAGGCCAGCCAGGAGCAGCUGCUGGUGGACAAACAGCUGGACAAGAACAUGUUCCUCAGGCUGCCCGAGAAGCCCCUGAAGCCGGGGGAAGUGCUCAAAAUCUCUCUCUACUUGAUGCCCAACUCCACCGUGGAGCAGUUCACCCUCAGGGUCAAAGCCAAGAAAGGGGUGAACCUGCUGGAGACCAAAUCCAGGAACGCCCAGUGGCAAGUGGGUUGGGAGAUGCAGUCCGGCGCCAAGCACUCCAUCACCACCAUCGACGUGAGCAAGAACAAAGCAGCGAAACAGGGGGACGUGCUGGGCAAUGUGGAGGUGAUGCAGCUGGACUUUGAGAUGGAGAACUUCACCAGCCUCUCGGUGACGCGGAGGAUAAACUGGAACAUCGACUACAAGGGCCAGAGCCCACCGCCCGAAUCAGAGAAGGUGGUGACGGAGCUGACGGUGGUGCAGAGAGACAUCCAGGCUAUCAUCCCUCUGGCCAUGGACACUGAGAUUAUCAACACAGCUAUUCUGACCGGACGCACGGUGGCUAUUCCCGUCAAAAUGGUCUCCAUAGAGAUGAAUGGAGCUGUCACUGACGUCUCGUCCUUUGUGCAGUGCAAGUCCUCCAACGAAGACAUCGUUAAGGUGUCCAUGAAUUGCGACUAUGUGUUUGUCAACGGGAAAGAGACGCGGGGGUCCAUGAGCGCCAGGGUGAUCUUCAGCUACGAGCACCUGAGCGCGCCGCUGGAGCUGACCGUGUGGGUUCCCAAACUCCCCCUGCAGGUGGAGCUUUCCGACAGCAACCUGAGCUUCAUCAAAGGCUGGAGGGUCCCCAUCCUGCCCGACAGAAGGAGCACCAGAGACAGCGACGCAGACGAGGAGGACGAUGAGCCGCGGGUGAGUCGCGGCUGCACCCUGCAGUACCAGCGGGCAGUGGUCAAAGUGCUGACCCAGUUCCACACCACCUCCACGGAGGGCACGGACCAGGUCAUCACCAUGCUGGGCCCCGACUGGCAGGUGGAUGUCACAGACCUGGUGCAGGACUCCCUGAAGGUGGCCGACCCCCGGAUAGCAGAGCUGGUGGACCGCACGGUGCUGGUGGGCCUGGAGCUGGGAUCCACCGUGCUGAAGGUGGAGUCUCCGCUGGCCGUGGACGCGAUGUUAGGAGAGUCGGCGUUCUCCGUCACGGACGACAAGGUGUCCAUCACGGAGAUGAGAGUCCACGCCGUCUCAGGCCUGACCCUGUCCCUGCAGCCCAGCCCCGGGAACAGCCACACCAUGGUGGCCAAGGCAACUGGCGUCCAGACGCUCACCGCCCCGAAGCAGGAGGCCAGUUUGUCUGUCUGGAUGCUUUUCAGCGACAACACAGCCGCCACUCUGACUAACUUUGAUCCGAAAGACUACAACUUCAACGCCUCCUCGCUGGAUGACAGGGUCGUGUUGGUCUCCCAGGAGCCUCAGCAGCGCUGGCCUGUGGUGGUGGCAGAAGGGGAGGGAUCCGGUGAGCUGGUGCGUUUAGAGAUGACCAUCUGUGAGGCCUGUCAGAAGACCAAGCGCAAAAGCGUCAUCGCAUCUGCUUCAGUUUAUGUCAAGGUCCGCUUCGGCCCAGAGGAGGAUUCUGAGGAGGAGGGAACCACCGAGGGGGAGAUAGAGCUGGCCCCCUUCACCAGGCGUCCAAUCAUUGAUCCGAACAUCAGUGGAAGAAUUUAUGAGACAUCUAAUGAGCAGCCUGCCAGUGUUCCCAUUGAUUACACCAAUUUCCCCACCAUUAGCAACCAAGAGCGACCAACAGAGAGCGAUGAAGAAGAGGAAGACGACGAUGACUUUGUGCACUCACCUCGGAACAUGACUGACCUUGAGAUCGGCAUGUACGCUCUGCUGGGAGUCUUCUGUCUCGCCAUCCUAGUGUUUCUCAUCAACUGCAUCGUCUUUGUGCUGAAGUACCGCCACAAGCGGAUCCCGCCCGAGGGUCAGGCCAACAUGGACCAUUCCCACCACUGGGUGUUCCUGGGAAACGGCCAGCCACUGAGGGCCCAGUGUGAGCUGUCGCCACAGCAGAUAGAGAGUCCCAGUAAUCCUCUGGACAGCGUACAGACUUGCUGCCAUGGGGACCACCACAGCAGUGGCAGCUCCCAGACUAGCGUUCAGAGCCAGGUUCACGGGCGGGGAGACGGCAGCUCUGGGGGAUCUACGAAGGAGAACGGCGAGGAGGCCAGUUCCCCCACCUCCAAGCGCAAGAGAGUCAAGUUUACCACCUUCACCACCCUUCCCACAGAGGAACUGCCCUACAACUCCAUCCCCAUAGCAGACGAGGAGGACAUUCAGUGGGUGUGCCAGGAUAUGGGCUUUCAAGACCCAGAGGAACUGCAUGAUUACAUGCGCAGAAUAAAGGAAAUAGCCUGAGAUAAGAAGC